AUGGCUCGCCGCACCAACCAGCCAUUCCCUUCUCCGCCUCAGGCAGAUGCGAGGGGACAGCCCGAGCACCUGGCAGACAUCGGCAUGCGCGUCGCGGAGGUUGCCCGGAGCUUGGGCCAGCAGGUGUUGAAGGUGCCUCCGUGCGCGCUGCCAGCGCUGAGAGAGCUGCAGGGCAAGUGCGGGGCGCCCGGGGCGGAGGACAUGAUCCACGGCGGCCGGGCGCUCAUGCGGCACCUGAUGCUGGUGCUGGAAGGCGGCGAGCGCGCGGUCUCCUGCGCCGACAACUUCGCGGAGUGCGCCCUGCCGGCUGUAGCAGGCGCGCGGCCGCCAGGGGACCCCCGCACGUUGGCCGCGGCCGCGGCGGAGGCCGCCGCGGCCGCCGCGCUGCUAGUCGGCGAGGCGGAAGUGCGCCAGGGCAGCCUCGGGGCGGCGCUGCGGGAGGCGGAGGCGGCGAGGCGGGCCCGCCGCGACAGCCGCGGCGGCGAGCCGGACGGCGAGGGCGCGGCCGAGGACUGGGCGGACAGCGCGCGCGGGGACGACUGCCCCGAGGUAGACUUUCUGGAAUUGGACGCCGAGUUCGAUCCAGACAGCUCCAUGCACCCCGAGGAGGUGACGGACAAUCCUUCUUCGGAGUGUUUGCUCGUUCUGCGCGACGUCAACAAGGAGGUCGCUUGA